AUGUUUAUUUUCCCCUCUCUUUCAUUUAUUCUUUUAUUUUUAAUUAAUUUUUUAACAACUUCUUCUGAAAAUGCCAACAACAACAAAAAUCUUAAAACAACAGAAAAUUCAACACAAAUUAAAAUUCAAUUCGAGCCUUUCAAAAAAUCCACAGAAUAUAGGUGUGGGGCUUUUGGGCAACAAUUCUCUCAAAAAGAUCCGGCAAUGAAAAUAUUACAUUCAGUACAGAAUGGAUUUAUUAAAACUUUUUCUGAACCUUUUCCGCAUAGAACUUUACUUUCUGACGAAGCUUUAUUGGGACAAAAAGAUGCUUGGGAACGUUCUUUUACUGAACGUCGAGAUCACUGGAUUCAAUUUGAACGUUGGUGGCUUUUACUAGCUUUAUUUUUAAUUUCAAUACCUCCAAUAUUUGCUAUUCUAUAUUUAUUUAUUCGUUGUUGUAUUUGUUUGUGCAAACAAAAUUCUGAAAAAUCAAACAGAGAAAAUGAUUCUGAUAGACGUUGUGAUUGGUUGAGGAGGGCGUUGUUAAAUGGAUUACUUGGAAUUUUUGUUUUGAUUAUUAUUUUUUGUUCUGCAGUACUUUUAUUGAGUACCCAAUAUGCCCAACACGGUUUGGAUGAAUUACCAACAAGAUUGCAUUAUUGUGCUAAUGAUUUGUUAAUUUAUAGAGGGGAGUCUGUUGAACAAAUGAGAAAAUUAUUAAGAGACGAUUUUGUUCGUUUCAAUCAAACUUUGCAUUCUGCCUUGGACAAAGCUGGGGAGAGUACCGUACAACGGUUAAAACAAGUGACAGGGGUUGAGAGAUUGGACAAAGCUGUGAUUAGUGCGAGUAAUGCCCCUCGACUACUCUCAACAUAUAAGGAAUUACAACUUGAAUUGGGAAAAACAUUAGAUGCUCGUCAUUCUCUCCAAAUAAAAUUAUUAAAAUUAAGACAAGCAAAGGAUAAUUUGGCAGACUGUGAAAAAACAUCAGAAAAUGGAGAAAAGUCGGCAAUAUGUCACCAAGCUAAACAAGCAAUUAAUCCUAUUUUGGAUUUAGCAAAGCCUGUAAUUAAUGAAGAGGAAGAAGAUGGAAUUAAUGUUGUUACUGGGGAUUGGCAAUUGGAACAGAGAGCUAGAGAAAUUUCUUCUCUCUUACCCGAACAAAUUCCAAUAGUUUUAAAUCAAAUAGAACAAAUAGAUAUUGAGAGAAGAUUUGCUACUCCAAUAGAAGGUUUACAAAUAUUACAAAAGGGUAUACAAACAGAAGUUGAUGAAAGAAGGGAAGAUGCCGAAGAACGUUUACGUUUAUUAGACAAAACAUUACAAUCAAAUUAUGAACAGAUUUCAUCUGCUAUAAAAUCCGUUGAUUUGCGAUUUUUGGAUGAACAAAUAAUUGAUCCAAUGAUGGCACAUAGGGAAAGAUUUAGACAAUUUGUUCAUUAUGGUUGGGUAGCUUCUUUAAUUGUUUCUGGUCUUUUUGCCUUUUUGUCUCUAGCUUUUUUACUUGGACUUUGCUUUGGAUGUUGUGGAAGAAGACCUAGUGAAUUUGAGGACGAUGAUUGUUGUGUUCGCUCUACUGGUGCUAAUUUCUUUGGAUGCUCUAUUUGGCUUUCGCUUGCUUUGCUAAGCGUUUUUGGUUUAAUCUCAGCCUCAGGAAUGUUAAUUGGAGCAAAUUUGGGCCAUUUAAUCUGUAAUCCAUUAAAAGAACCUUUAGCUAGACCUGACAUAAUUUCGUUUUUUGAUCGUUUAAUAACAAUUUAUGAAUUAGAUAAACCAAAAAUAAAUUCAGAAAAAAUAAAUUCUUUCCAACAAAUUUUUACUGAAAAAAGAAGACCAGAAAAUUUUAUUAGAGGGUGUAAUCAAGGAAAAACUUUAUAUUUAAUGUUGGAAUUGGAUAAAAAAUUUACUUUAAUUAAUGGAGGAAAUGAUAAUGAAUAUGAAGAGAUGGCCAAUUCAAUUCGUCAAUCUUUACUUUCUGGACGUUUAUUAGAAAAAGCAUUGGCUGGUCCUCCCUCUACUUCCUCCUCCCCAACAUCAACAGCUUUUAGUUCAAGAUGGAAUUCUUUUGGAACAGAAAUGCGUAUUGGGUUGGAAGAAUUGGGGCAAGUAGAGAUACCUGAAUGGAAAGAAAAUAAUUUACAAGAAUUUUGUGCACAAAGAACUCGAUUCCAAUUAGAAGGAGUAACUGUCGAAUUGCGCCAUUUGCGUCAAUCGAGUGAAGAAAAACAGAAAGGGCAAGUUGAAGAAUUGGAAACUGUUUUACAUUUUUUGGAAGAAUUACGUCCAGAUACCGUCCAAGUCCGUGCUUUAAUAGAAAAUGUUUGUUCUCGUUUAGAACAAUUUCGUUCUGAUGUUUUUGCUUUAAAAAUUGAUUCAGAAUCUCUUUUAAAAGAUGUUGAGAAAGCACAAAAAGAAUUGGGGUCUGAACAAAAAUUAAGACAAAAUUUACAUUCUGUGGCUUUAAAAGUUGCGAAUGAAUUUGCCGAUUUGGUUAGACAAUAUGGGGAACAUAUUAAUAAUUCUAUGAACAAUGAGGUAACAAGUUGUGCUCCAUUGGCAGAAAUUGCCGUCCAUACAAGAGAAGCUAUUUGUGACUAUGCUUUGGACCCUAUUAACAGUCUUUGGCUUUCUCUUGGAUUGGGUCUUCUAUUAUUAUUGCCAAUUAUUGUACUUGCCUCAAUAUUAAAUCCAUUAUAUCGACGUACCAAUGCUUAUAGCCAAUAUAAUGUUCCAAGCAUUACAGACUGUCCAAACGAAAAUCAUUUCCAAACAGAUAUUUAUAAUAUGGAUUCAAAUAAUUAUAUUAGUAGUGGAGGGGGAACAUCAAAAACGGCUAGAGUAAAGAACAAUUUAAAUAGCAAUAAUGGAUAUACCCAACACUAUCAUCACGGAAAUUACCAACCUCCCUGUACGCAAAUAACAUCGCCAUAUGCUUCUAGUUAUGCUGGAUAUGGAUAUACUGGACUGGGACCUCCAGUUUAUAUGGGAACUAAUAGGGGAUGA